AUUCAGGGGUGUCACUCAAGCCUGCGAAGAUGGCGACGACGGGCAGAAAUACACUCCUAUCGGUUAGCACAAAUGUAAAUAACAGCACUUCCGAAAGCCAAAAUAACGAGGAGGAUGACGGACAGAAUUUAUGGUCAUCGAUAUUGAGUGAGGUGUCGACGCGCUCCCGAUCAAAAUUGCCGUCAGGAAAGAAUGUGGUGGUUAUGGGUGAGGUGGGGUCUGGUAAAACCACCCUGGUGGCCAAACUACAAGGUGUAGAAGAGUACAUGAGGGGCCGGGGCUUAGAGUACCUGUAUUUCAAUGUUCACGAUGAUGAUAUCGAUGAUCAUGCACGGUGUAAUGCAUGGGUGCUGGAUGGGGACCUGUACCACAAAGGCCUGCAGAAAUUCGCCGUAUCGACGGAGAACCUGGAGGACUCGCUGGUUCUAUUUGUGGUUGAUCUGUCCCGGCCCUGGCUGGCCCUCGAUUCGCUGCAGAAAUGGGGCAGUGUUGUGAGGGAUUUUGUGGACAAGCUCAGAGUUCCCCCUGAAACCAUGAGAGAGCUGGAGCACAGAUUGGUGAAGCAGUUUCAGGAAUAUGUGGAACCAGGAAGUGACCUGGAUGCUGUGCCCCAGAGAAGGAAUCCUGAGUCAGAAGAAGAGGGCGUCCUGCUGCCGCUGGGAGACAAUGCACUCACACACAACCUGGGCCUGCCUAUAGUGGUGGUCUGCACUAAGCACCGUCUUCGUCCAUUAAGCGUUUUCUAUAGGGGAGGGUACAUGCAAGCAGAUGAGCCCAAAUUAUUAGCUGAAUUGCACGAGAAACGCAUUUUCUCCCGUGCUGGCUUAAUAUAA